AUGAGCCAAGCCGAUGUCCACUCUUCUUACCAAGAAGAUCUAAUUCAGGCAGUAAGGGAUGGAGAUGCAAUCGAACUUCAGAAGAUUCUCCAAAGAUGGGAAGGGUGUGUAAAUAUUAAUUAUUAUGACAAAGAAGGUCAGACGGCUUUGCAUCUUAGCUGUAUGGAUGGAAAUUUAGAAUUAGUGAAACUUUUAGUAAAAUUUGGUGCUGAUAUUCGCCUAGCGAACAGGGACGGAUGGAGUGCUUUGCAUAUAGCCGCUUAUGGUGGUCAUCAAGAUAUAGCUGUGUUUCUGAUAGCGAAUUCAACUAGAAGAUAA